AUCACAAGAAAUACAUGAUACAUAUAAUUAUUUGUUUAGAAUUAAUUAAUUAUAUAAUUAUCAAAAAUGCAGUGCAUAGCUUUUCACCAAUUUGCUUCAUCAUCAUCCCUCCCUAUUUGGAGUAGUAUUGAUAAUCGUUUUACACCAAAAACUUCUAUUACUUCUAUUUCAAAACCAAAACCAAAACUAAAAUCAAAAUCAAACUUGAAAUCGAGAUCGAGAUCAAGUACUUGCUACUCCAUACAAUGUACUGUGGUCGAUAACCCUAGUUCUACGAUUACUAAUAAUAGUGAUCGAAGAUCAGCCAACUAUGGACCUCCCAUUUGGUCUUUUGAUUUUGUUCAAUCUCUUCCAAUCCAAUAUAAGGGUGAAUCUUAUACAAGUCGAUUAAAUAAGUUGGAGAAAGAUGUGAAAAGGAUGCUAAUUGGAGUGGAAAACUCUUUAGCCCAACUUGAACUAAUUGAUACAAUACAAAGACUUGGAAUAUCUUAUCGUUUUGAAAAUGAAAUCAUUUCUAUUUUGAAAGAAAAAUUCACCAAUAAUAAUGACAACCCUAAUCCUAAUUAUGAUUUAUAUGCUACUGCUCUCCAAUUUAGGCUUCUACGCCAAUAUGGAUUUGAAGUACCUCAAGAAAUUUUCAAUAAUUUUAAAAAUCACAAGACAGGAGAGUUCAAGGCAAAUAUAAGUAAUGAUAUUAUGGGAGCAUUGGGCUUAUAUGAAGCUUCAUUCCAUGGGAAAAAGGGUGAAAGUAUUUUGGAAGAAGCAAGAAUUUUCACAACAAAAUGUCUCAAAAAAUACAAAUUAAUGUCAAGUAGUAAUAAUAAUAAUAAUAACAAUAAUAAUAAUAUGACAUUAAUAUCAUUAUUAGUGAAUCAUGCUUUGGAGAUGCCACUUCAAUGGAGAAUCACAAGAUCAGAAGCUAAAUGGUUUAUUGAAGAAAUAUAUGAAAGAAAACAAGACAUGAAUCCAACUUUACUUGAGUUUGCCAAAUUGGAUUUCAAUAUGGUGCAAUCAACAUAUCAAGAGGAGCUCAAAGUACUCUCUAGGUGGUGGAAGGAUUCUAAACUUGGAGAGAAAUUGCCUUUCGUUAGAGAUAGAUUGGUGGAGUGUUUCUUAUGGCAAGUUGGAGUAAGAUUUGAGCCACAAUUCAGUUACUUUAGAAUAAUGGAUACAAAACUCUAUGUUCUAUUAACAAUAAUUGAUGAUAUGCAUGACAUUUAUGGAACAUUGGAGGAACUACAACUUUUCACUAAUGCUCUUCAAAGAUGGGAUUUGAAAGAAUUAGAUAAGUUACCAGAUUAUAUGAAGACAGCUUUCUACUUUACAUACAAUUUCACAAAUGAAUUGGCAUUUGAUGUAUUACAAGAACAUGGUUUUGUUCACAUUGAAUACUUCAAGAAACUGAUGGUAGAGUUGUGUAAACAUCAUUUGCAAGAGGCAAAAUGGUUUUAUAGUGGAUACAAACCAACAUUGCAAGAAUAUGUUGAGAAUGGAUGGUUGUCUGUGGGAGGACAAGUUAUUCUUAUGCAUGCAUAUUUCGCUUUUACAAAUCCUGUUACCAAAGAGGCAUUGGAAUGUCUAAAAGACGGUCAUCCUAACAUAGUUCGCCAUGCAUCGAUAAUAUUACGACUUGCAGAUGAUCUAGGAACAUUGUCGGAUGAAAUGAAAAGAGGCGAUGUUCCUAAAUCAAUUCAAUGUUAUAUGCACGAUACUGGUGCUUCUGAAGAUGAAGCUCGUGAGCACAUAAAAUAUUUAAUAAGUGAAUCAUGGAAGGAGAUGAAUAAUGAAGAUGGAAAUAUUAACUCUUUUUUCUCAAAUGAAUUUGUUCAAGUUUGCCAAAAUCUUAGUAGAGCGUCACAAUUCAUAUACCAGUAUGGCGAUGGACAUGCUUCUCAGAAUAAUCUAUCGAAAGAGCGCGUUUUAGGGUUGAUUAUUACUCCUAUCCCCAUGUAAACUAUGAUUACAUGUUUGUUUUUCUAAUCAUAGCUAGCCCUCUUUUGUUUUCAAUAAAAGGCUAGCUAUAAGAUUACAAAUGGUACCCAAUGCAAAUUAUAUAAUUACAAAGCAUUUUCUUCUCUAA